AUGACCACCCUGUACUGCAUUCCUCACCUGUAUGGCAUGACUCACCUGUAUGGCAUGACUCACCUGUAUGGCAUGACUCACCUGUAUGGCAUGACUCACCUGUAUGGCAUGACUCACCUGUAUGGCAUGACUCACCUGUAUGGCAUGACUCACCUGUAUGGCAUGACUCACCUGUAUGGCAUGACUCACCUGUAUGGCAUGACUCACCUGUAUGGCAUGACUCACCUGUUUGGCAUGACUCACCUGUAUGGCAUGACUCACCUGUUUGGCAUGACUCACCUGUAUGGCAUGACUCACCUGUUUGGCAUGACUCACCUGUAUGGCAUGACUCACCUGUAUGGCAUGACUCACCUGUAUGGCAUGACUCACCUGUUUGGCAUGACUCACCUGUAUGGCAUGACUCACCUGUAUGGCAUGACUCACCUGUAUGGCAUGACUCACCUGUAUGGCAUGACUCACCUGUAUGGCAUGACUCACCUGUAUGGCAUGACUCACCUGUAUGGCAUGACUCACCUGUAUGGCAUGACUCACCUGUAUGGCAUGACUCACCUGUAUGGCAUGACUCACCUGUAUGGCAUGACUCACCUGUAUGGCAUGACUCACCUGUAUGGCAUGACUCACCUGUUUGGCAUGACUCACCUGUAUGGCAUGACUCACCUGUAUGGCAUGACUCACCUGUUUGGCAUGACUCACCUGUAUGGCAUGACUCACCUGUAUGGCAUGACUCACCUGUAUGGCAUGACUCACCUGUAUGGCAUGACUCACCUGUAUGGCAUGACUCACCUGUAUGGCAUGACUCACCCGUUUGGCAUGACUCACCUGUAUGGCAUGACUCACCUGUAUGGCAUGACUCACCUGUAUGGCAUGACUCACCUGUAUGGCAUGACUCACCUGUAUGGCAUGACUCACCUGUAUGGCAUGACUCACCUGUAUGGCAUGACUCACCUGUAUGGCAUGACUCACCUGUUUGGCAUGACUCACCUGUAUGGCAUGACUCACCUGUAUGGCAUGACUCACCUGUUUGGCAUGACUCACCUGUAUGGCAUGACUCACCUGUAUGGCAUGACUCACCUGUAUGGCAUGACUCACCUGUAUGGCAUGACUCACCUGUAUGGCAUGACUCACCUGUAUGGCAUGACUCACCUGUAUGGCAUGACUCACCUGUAUGGCAUGACUCACCUGUUUGGCAUGACUCACCUGUAUGGCAUGACUCACCUGUAUGGCAUGACUCACCUGUAUGGCAUGACUCACCUGUAUGGCAUGACUCACCUGUUUGGCAUGACUCACCUGUAUGGCAUGACUCACCUGUAUAGCAUGACUCACCUGUUUGGCAUGACUCACCUGUAUGGCAUGACUCACCUGUAUGGCAUGACUCACCUGGACAUGUCCAUCAACCUACUCUCCGGCUCACUGCCACCCUCGAUCCUCAACCUGCGACAGCUCUCCCAUCUGUCAGUCAACUUCCGUAUCUAUACCACCCAUCACAACGUGUCUCGCAACCGCCUCUCAGGCCCUCUGCCCAACGCUGCUGCCAGCCCAGCUCUCAUCAUGUGCCGACCUCUCAUUCAACGCGCUCUCAGGGCCGCUGGAGAGGCCCCAUAUCAACCUCAAGCGCCUGGCCAUGCUGUGAGUGUGGAGCCAUGCUUCGUUUGUGCUCUUCUUGCUUUGCUUGCGUCCCCUGCCCCGCCAUCGUGCAUGCCUCCCCUUCUCGCCCACCCGCCCCCCAUUCCUUCCCCCUGCCUCUCGUCCAUCCCCCAUGCGCCCUCUUGCUUCCCUUCCCGCCCAGCCCCCAUUCCGCUCCUGCUCAGCCGCCCAUCCCUGCUUCCCGUCCCCCCCCACCCUCCCCCUGCGUCCCGCCCCCCCCCACCCUCCCCUACUUUCCCUCCGCGUCCCCCCCCCCCCUGCUUUUCCUCCGCCCAUGCCUGCAGGGCGGUGCACCACAACCAGCUCAGCGGCCCCAUCCCCGAGUACCUCUGCCAAUCCGUGCUGCAGAUCAUUUGCCUCCUCCCUACUGCCAUCCUUUUGGGUGCUGACAUCUACCCACACCAUCCAUCUUGUUUGCUUCCUCACCCCUCGCUCCCCUCACCCUCUCCUCUUCUCUUGCGUUCUCCUAUUGCCUCUUUUGCCCCAUGUCUCCACCUGCCCACCUUCCCACCUUCCCACCUGCCCACCUUCCCACCUGCCCACCUUCCCACCUGCCCACCUUCCCACCUGCCCACCUUCCCACCUGCCCACCUUCCCACCUGCCCACCUUCCCACCUGCCCACCUUCCCACCUGCCCACCUUCCCACCUGCCCACCUUCCCACCUGCCCACCUUCCCACCUGCCCACCUUCCCACCUGCCCACCUUCCCACCUGCCCACCUUCCCACCUGCCCACCUUCCCACCUGCCCACCUUCCCACCUGCCCACCUUCCCACCUGCCCACCUUCCCACCUGCCCACCUUCCCAUUUGCCCACCUUCCCAUUUGCCCACCUUCCCACCUACCCACCUUCCCAUUUGCCCACCUUCCCAUUUGCCCACCUUCCCACCUGCCCACCUUCCCAUUUGCCCACCUUCCCACCUGCCCACCUUCCCAUUUGCCCACCUGCCUCCUCCGUCCACCUGCAGGCUCCUGAGCAGCAACGCCUUCUGGGGGGCCCUCCCUCAGUGCCUGCCCUUCCUCUCCUCCGUUCAACUCAUGUCCUCCAGGAUGCAACGAAAUCUGAGUGGGCGUGGGUAUGGCAGGGGGGGCAGCAGGGGGCAACUGGAGCAGGAGGGGCGAGCGGGGGGGAUAGCAGCAGCGCAGCGGCGUGGCUGGCAGUGGAGGGCAACUGUGUGGGGAGUGAGGUUGUGGGGCAGCAGCGGGGGGCAACAGAGUGUGCGGCGGUGUGUGGGAUAGAGCCAGGGCAGGGCCCCUGUGGGGGUGCGGGUGCGGGGCAGUGUGUGGUGCAGAGCAGUUGGCCACCGUCCCUCUCGUGCUCCUGUGCCAGUGGCUACGUUGCUGUCACUGCUGUCGGCACUGCCAAUACCACCACUUGCCAUCUGCCGCCCCCUUCCGUGGCCUCUCUGUCCACGGGUGCCAUAGUGGGCAUCGUUCUGGGCUGCUUUGCUGGCUUCACGCUACUGGCUGCUAUGCUCGCAUGGUUGCUGUGGCCCCGCGGACCAAAGAAGUGGGAGGGGUUGGAUGUGUGCGAGCAGUUCUCGCUGCAGCAGAUGCUCAAGGCCACCAGCAACUGGUCCGAGGACAAUGUGCUGGGCAAGGGUGGCUUUGGCAUUGUCUACAAAGGCUGCUCGCCGCAGGGGCAGCUGUGGGCCAUCAAGCGCUCCACCAUCAUGACCAACGAUUUUGAAACGGAGGUGCGAGCCAUGGCCUCUCUCCACCACGUGCAUCUGGUGCGCCUGCUGGGCUUCUGCCUGGACCAGAACGUGGAGACGGGCAGGCAGGAGCAGAUUCUCGUGUACGAGUUCAUAGACAACAGGGACCUCCACUUUGGAAUCGUGCUGCUUCAGUUGCUAAGUGGAAAUUCAACCCAUGUUGGCGCUGACGAAAAAACGCAUAUAAGAAAAUGGGCGAUGAAGAGGGUGGAGGCGUAUGAGCUAGAGGAGCUGAGGGACAGCAAGAUGCCAGCGGUCAGUGAGGAGGCGAUAGUGGACUUUGCAGACCUGGCUCUGGACUGCAUCAAGUCUCCCGGCACACGACGACCCACCAUGAAGGAUGUGGCAUACCGCCUCAGUGCCCUCAUUGCCAAGCACUGCCCCGACAAGGAGGACGAGUGGGAAAGUGUUGUGAGAGACGAGAGUGCAAGCAAUGAGGGUGUGUCUUCAGGAGAUGUUUCUGCUAUGUUGUUUGGAGAUGGUGGGAGGGAGCCCGAGGGGUCUGAUGGCUCACACUCUGGUGUGAGCUCAUUCAUCCUUGGCUCGAUGGGUGAUGGCCUCUUGAGUUGGCUGCAAUUGAAGCCAACCAAAGGGCGCUGA